CUGCUCGGGUGCUCCUCCGGCCUGACUUCCCCUUUCUCCCACCUUUCCCGGCACCGCGGGAAAAGCAGCGCAGGGCAGAGCAGGCAGGGAGGGCGGCCGGAGCCCGGACACGGGAGCCUCCCAGUCAGUUCAAGACCCGACAUGAGGGAAAAGGGCCGUAGGAAGAAGGGCAGGACCUGGGCGGAGGCCGCCAAGACGGUCUUAGAAAAAUACCCCAAUACACCCAUGAGUCAUAAAGAAAUUCUUCAAGUUAUCCAGAGAGAAGGACUAAAAGAAAUCAGAAGUGGGACUUCCCCUCUUGCAUGCCUGAACGCAAUGCUGCACACAAACUCCCGAGGUGAAGAGGGCAUCUUCUAUAAGGUUCCAGGCAGAAUGGGAGUAUAUACUUUGAAGAAAGAUGUGCCGGAUGGGGUGAAAGAGCUAUCAGAAGGUUCAGAAGAAAGCAGUGAUGGUCAGUCAGAUUCCCAGAGUUCUGAGAACAGCAGCAGCAGCAGUGAUGGCAGCAACAAGGAGGGGAAAAAGAACAGGUGGAAAAGGAAAGUAUCAUCUAGACUGUCACAGCCAUCCUCUCCCCAGUCAGGUUGCCCAUCACCCACAAUUCCAGCAGGUAAAGUCAUAUCUCCAUCACAGAAGCACAGCAAGAAGGCACUAAAGCAGGCUUUGAAGCAGCAGCAGCAGCGGAAGCAGCAGCAGCAAUGCCGGCCAAGUAUGGCCCUCUCCUCCAGUCAGCAUCUCUCUCUGAAGGCUGUCAAAGCUGCCAGUGACUCUGUGACUGCCAAAUCUGCAGUAUGGGAAGGAAAGCAAUCAGAUGGACAGUCAAGCAGCUCCCAGAACUCAAACUCUAGCUUUUCUUCUUCAGUUAAAGUGGAAAACCCUUUGUUAGGCUUGGGGAAGAAGUCAUUCCAAAGGUCUGACAGACUCCACACAAGGCAAAUGAAAAGGACGAAAUGUGCUGAGAUUGAUGUUGAGACACCAGACUCCAUUCUGGUUAAUACAAAUCUUCGAGCACUGAUCAACAAACACACUUUUUCAGUCCUUCCUGGAGAUUGCCAACAGCGACUGCUUUUGCUUCUUCCAGAGGUGGAUCGACAGGUUGGUCCAGAUGGUCUGAUGAAGCUAAAUGGUUCAGCCCUUAACAAUGAGUUCUUCACCUCAGCAGCCCAAGGCUGGAAGGAAAGACUCUCAGAAGGUGAGUUUACACCUGAGAUGCAGGUGAGAAUUCGACAAGAAAUUGAGAAGGAGAAAAAAGUAGAGCCAUGGAAGGAGCAAUUCUUUGAAAGCUACUAUGGUCAGAGUUCUGGCCUGAGCCUAGAGGAUUCAAAGAAAUUGACAGCUUCACCCAGUGAUCCCAAAGUAAAGAGACCCUCAGCUGAGCAACCAAAAUCCAUGCUUCCUUCAGAGGCCUCUCCUGUCAGUAUAAUCCCUGUAAUUCCCCAGGUAGAAUCUAAAGAAGAAGUAGUGCAUAUGCCAUCACCAGUCAGAAAAGAAGAGCACGAAAGCCAAGAUAAGGUGCAGCCAAACCCUGAGUCCACAGAGCCCCUUCUUUCCUCUCCCAGCGAUACAAAUGAGCUUAGCAGCAUUCUUCCCAUCAAGUGCCCAAAGGAUGAAGAUGUCUCGGGGCAGAAGCCAGUUGCCUCUGCUGAACAGGAAUCUGAGAAAGAGAAUCAUCUCACUACAGCGUCUAAUUAUAACAAAAAUGAAAGCCAAGAAGCUUUAGUUAAGUCUCCAAGCAAACCCAAGAGUCCUGGAGUAGAGAAACCAGUAAUGAAGCCCAUAAUAGAAGCAGGUCCACAGGAGGCCACUAUGAAAGAGCCUUCAUCAACUCUGGUCGAUCACAGCCCAGAAAGCCUCAAGAGGAAAUCUCUCACCCAAGAAGAGGCCCCUACAAGCUGGGAGAAAAGGCCGCGUGUCACUGAGAAUCGCCAGCACCAGCAGCCAUUUCAAGUCUCUCCACAGCCCUUUCUUAAUAGAGGGGACAGGAUCCAAGUGCGAAAAGUACCACCUCUCAAGAUCCCGGUCUCCAGAAUCUCCCCCAUGCUGUUUCCUACAUCGCAGGUCUCUCCCAGGGCUCGUUUUCCAGUCUCCAUCACUAGUCCUAACAGAACAGGAGCCAGAACUCUUGCCGACAUCAAAGCAAAAGCCCAGCUGGUCAAAGCACAGAGGGCAGCAGCUGCCGCUGCCGCCGCAGCUGCUGCAGCCGCCUCAGUUGGAGGGACCAUUCCAGGACCUGGCCCAGGGGGUGGACAAGGCCCAGGAGAGGGUGGUGAAAGGAAAACCGCUAGAGGAGGGAAUCCAGACUCAGACAGAGUCAGAGAAACUGGAAAGGGCCCCACACUGGAACUGGCAGGAACUGGAAGCAGGGGAGGUCCGAGAGAGCUUUUACCCUGUGGUUCAGAGACUCAGCCCCAAUCUGAGACCAAGACCCCAGGCCAGCCACAGCCUCUUAGUGUCUCUGGAGCACAACUACAGCAAACCUCCUCAGUGCCUCCACCAUCUGCCAUCAGUGGAGCAUGCACAAGUGUCCCAUCACUAGCUCACACUGACCCACCCACACCGACUUUAGGGAAAUUGAAUAUUGAGAAACUGAAUGCCACCAGGGCAGCAGCCACAGUGGCCUCUCUUAGCCACCCACAAGGGCCCAGUCAUUGCAGGCAGGAGAAGUUACCUUCUGCUCCAGCGGGUCCUGCUCUAAUCUCAGACGCCACACCUGUUCAUUUUGCAGCUGAUGGCACAGUUGAGCCCAAAGCAGGUUGUAGUAAGAAUACACCAAACACUUCAGCCUCAGCAGAGACAACUGCCAGGGCUUCAGUGGAUAUGACUUCCUCCCCUUUAACAUCUUUAUUAAUAGCAGCCACUUUAGAAAAGCUUUCCAUCCCCCAGGUUAGUGGAACUGUAGCACCUUCCGGACCAGUUCCAUCCUCAAGCACUUUGCCAGCAAUUUCUAGCCUUAAAACUCCAGGAACUUCUUCAAAUAUGAAUGGACCCAUUUCACGGCCAAGCUCAAGUAUCCCUGCUAAUAAUCCUUUGGUCACUCAGCUGCUCCAGGGCAAAGAUGUUCCCAUGGAGCAAAUUCUGCCUAAACCACUCACCAAAGUUGAAAUGAAAACUGUUCCUCUGACUGCAAAAGAGGAAAUAGGGAUGGGAGCACCCACAGGCGCCAACAAAACAGAACAUAGCACCAGAGAGGAAGUUCAUGAGAGGCCUUCUCAUCCAGCUACACAGCAACUGGGUCAAACCUUGCAAAGUAAGCAUCUGUCCCAGGUUCCCAGGCCCCUUCAGCUCUUUUCAGGUAAGGAUCUGAGGGACUCCAGCAUUGACACACACCAAGAAGGACUAAGUAAAGCAACCCAAGAUCAGAUCCUUCAGACUCUCAUCCAGAGGGUUCAUAUCCAGAGGCAUAAUGUUCUCUCGUUUGUGCAGCCCUCCCAGUUCACCUUCACUCACUCAGGUUUCCAGGUAGAAGACAUCUCCACAAGCCAGCGGUUCAUGCUGGGCUUUGCUGGCAGAAGGACUUCGAAGCCUGCAAUGGCAGGUCACUACUUACUUAACAUUUCCACCUAUGGCCGGGGUUCAGAGAGCUUUAGGAGGACCCAUUCUGUAAACCCUGAAGAUCGUUUUUGUCUAAGUAGUCCCACUGAAGCCUUGAAAAUGGGAUAUACAGACUGUAAAAAUGAAACGGGAGAUAAUAGCAGUGACAAAGAAGAUACUGAUGAGGAAAGUACUGCUGAUGAAGAAGAAUCGGCCAUGGUGAAGGAGGAGCCCCAGGCUUCCCAGAGUUCUGGCAAGUGUGAAGCAAGUUCAGGACCCCACAGUAGAGAAGCCCUAUCCACUGAUUGUUUAGCUAAAAAGAAUGUGAAGGUAGAGACACCAGUGCAAACCGCUUUAAAUAAGGAGAAUUAUCUGUUCACUAGAGGCCAAACAUUUGAUGAAAAGACCCUAGCCAGAGAUCUUAUUCAGGCAGCGCAGCAGCAGAUGGCUCAUGCAGUGAGAGGGAAGGCAAUGCAUAGCAGCCCUGAGGUUUUCACUGCCACUGCUCUUCCUCCACCUGCAGACAGUCCCACUCAUCAGCCUCUCCUCCUUCCACCACUGCAAACCCCAAAGCUGUAUGGGAGCCCCACACAGAUUGGGCCCAGCUACAGAGGCAUGAUCAAUGUCUCCACCUCGUCUGACAUGGACCAUAACUCUGCUGUACCGGGGAUGCCUGACUGUGGCCAGGUAUCUAGCAAUGUAGGUGAUGUCAUGUCCUUUUCAGUGACUGUCACUACCAUCCCUGCUAGCCAAGCCAUGAAUCCCAGCAGCCAUGGCCAGACCAUUCCUGUUCAGGCAUUUCCUGAAGACAACAGCAUAGAGGACACGCCUUCGAAAUGUUACUGCCGAUUGAAAGCCAUGAUCAUGUGCAAGGGGUGUGGAGCCUUCUGCCAUGAUGACUGCAUUGGCCCCUCCAAACUGUGUGUCUCCUGCCUUGUUGUUCGGUAACAAGACUAGAAAGAACACACUGUAAAGGAGGCAGAAGGGAAGGGUUGGCAGGCUGUGUUUUUGCGUCCUUUUGGAAUCACAGAAAUAAACAAGUAGAUUUCAGUUGUCAAGAGACAAAUGUUACUUAAUCAGGUAUACAGAGUACAGAUCUUACAUUUUAGAGGAAGAGCACCUUGAUAGUAAGUCUAAGUCAACAAGACUUUGUGAAUUUGUGACAAGUUUGCACUUACAAAAUCAUGUAAAUAUGUCACAUUUUGUUUUAACAUUACUUUUCCAAGUGUUUAGGUAAUAAUGUAUUACUUUUCAUUCAAAUUUAUGGUCUACUUCAUGUGACUCUAAGUUUAAUGCCAUGCAUGGUGAAAGGAAGCUUGUCUGCCUUCUGUCCUUUCCUAAGAGGCUGGGAAGAGGAAGGAGUGAACAAAAUGGUCUGGAGAAAUGAUGUUUCAUGCUGAUUAUGUCUUAACCAUCUGCCUAUAGGUUUUAUGUGGAUUAUUCAGCCUUUCCAGAAUAUGGAUUCAGGGUUUACUAAGUCCCUUUACUUUAGAUGGAAUCUUAAGUUCAAAUUUUUGAUAAGGUAUUCAUUUCACAGCUAGUGCUUCAGACUCUGAAAACUCUUGACUUGGUUCUUGGCUUCCAUAAGCCAAUACUAUUGCCAAGCACACUGUGUGCAAUUUGUGGGUCCCUGCUGUUCCCUAAUCCCAUUCCCCUGCCCUGAGAUAGUGAAGGUGGUCCAGGAAGAGUGUGCCUCUCUGGCCCCUGGUGUUACCAUAGCCUGGGCAGGGCAACAGUUCCAGCAAUAGCCCAAGUACUUAGUCAUGGGAGCUUGCAACAGGUUUGAAAUACUAGUAUAAAAUGAACAGGAAAGUGUUAGUGCUGGGCUAAUUUGAAUUAUGUGUUUUGUUGGGCAAGGGGAGUAAAGGUGGAGAAACAACAAAGAUAUUUGGGAAAGAUUUUUAACAUUAGAAACAAGGUAGCCUCUUUCUUUUCUUCCAACACAUUACCUAAUGUUCCGUAGUCAGCUGUUGCUGCGGGUAGAACAGCUCAUGAGUGCCACAUUUGCCCAUUCUGGUAAACCUAUUUUGACCUCCCAGGCAUCUGAGGAGUAUGGAGUAAUAUGUUACUUUGAAGACAUGUAUGCACUCACACAUACAAUAAAAGUCAGACACUUUUCCUGUUUUAGAAAAUAUGUCCCCUGUUUUGGAUUUCUGCUGUCUAUGCACUAGAAGUUUUUAAUGUGAAGGGGCUUCAGUAAAUGGCUAGGGGAACAUCUAGAAAGGAGAGAAAUUACCUCUAAAGCUUUGUUGUUUGUUUUUAUUCUUUUUUGUGUGUCCUUGUUGUGUUUUUAAGCCUGUAUUUAGCAACUAAAGAAUUUUCAAGUACAUAUAUUUAGGUCAUGGUUAAAGAACAUUAAAAUAAGCCGACCAUUUACCAGGAUUUGAUAUUUUAAAAUGGGGUAUUGUCGACGUGCAUCAUUUGCAUAUUGAUUUCAAGUUUUCUAAUUCCAAGUGUGUAAAGUAAAAAUACUAUAACUAGUACAGUUGUAGUUGUACUUAAUAUUCAGGAUGUGGUAUUUAUAACAUGCAGAACAGUGUAUACUUGUUAAUUAAGUCACAUUCCAGAUUAGGAGAAAGUAGCAGUAAUAAUCUUUGCUUUGCUUCCAUUCUGCUACCCAUUCUUCCCCUCCCUCCAUGUUAUACACUCUUAAUAUUUUCAAACUCCCUAAGAGACUCAUUACUUCACUUUUUUGCUUCUGUUUUUUGUGUGGUCCAAGGCAAAUAGAGGACUAAUAUCUAUGUUCUUGUUGCAGCCAAGACAGUAUGUCAUUCUAACUUUCCUUUUUCUUCCAGCACACAUAUAGCUAAGAGACAUGAAAGCUGCAAGGAUCCAGGGAUAAGGUUUAAGUUCUCCAGCUAAGAACCAGCAACAAACAGAAACCGUGGUUCUGUUCCCAAACUCUCAGUACCCUGGGAAAUUCAGGGGGAACUUGAAAAGACCUAAAGCUGGUUAGAACUUCCAUUGCCCAGCUUCUGCACUCCCCACUUGAGUGGCAGACUGAAGGUUGGUCUGCGUGCUGGAAGUUGCUGAGAGUUUAGAACUGACCAAUUAGUUAACAAUUGGGGUUGAUUAAUGUGGCUUUUCUUCUUCGAAACUUUCCUGAAAUAGAAAAUAUCUGCUCUGUGUUUUCUUUAAGCUGAGGAUGGAUAGACUAACCAGGAAAGGAGGAAAGGAUCAGGGAUUUUCAAGUUCAUUUAGAGAGCAAACCAUAUCGUGCCUCUUCAUCUUGACCCACGCUCUUGCAGAUGGUCCUAAAAUUUACUGUUCACAAGAUUUUCUUCAGAAGUAAUACAGUACUCAACUAAUAAAAUACCUGCACUUAUUACUGCCCCUAAAACAGAAAUUGUCAACUAGGUACACUGCCUCAAUAUUGACCAAAAGAGAGAAUAGUUAGGUUUUCUUAGAUUGGUAGUAAACUGAAUACAACCCAUAUAUCAGUUUGUUUGAAAACAGUGGUUUCAAGUUGAAAGCCAUGAACUGAAUAAAGGAGAAAAUUAUGAUCUUGAAAACAAGGCAGAAGGAACAAGAAAAUCAUUAAAUUAUUGAAGUGUGGCAUGGCACUCCAGUACCUUUAAAGCAAUUUUUAUUUUAGGUUUUCAGAAUUACUUUACCAUUCAAUUCAACUUAGUAAGUGCUAAGCUUAUUUGUCUGAUAUUAAGUUGCACUGUUUCGAGUGACUAGUCAGGCAUUAUGCCUGAUGCUUAUUAUGCCUCCAGGGUGUGCUUCCGAUACCUCCCACUGCAGGUCACCUUGGGGAGCAAGCACUGACAGGUUGUCAUCUCAGUCUCGCUUAUGAAUAUUGAGUCAUCUAGUAAAGAGGCUCCCGGAGUCUUAAAGAAUUUUGACUAAAAUUCUCUAUCCUAUUAAAUAGAGAAUAAAGCCAAAUAACCUGGCAUUGUUUGCUCUGCUUUUAUUCCUUAACUCCUAUGCUCAAGAUACUAAAGCUAUCUGUGGUAUCCCAUGUAACAUUUUAAAGAAUCAGACCUGACAAAUGUGUAUUUUUACUCGGGGUAGGAGAAGCAUACUUGCAUGGGCUGGGAAGGCACACAGAUGGAGUUGUUUUAGGAAGUUAUCUCAUUUAAAUAAGCCAAAGGAAGACCUCAUUGCCUUCCAGGUGAAGGAGUAAAUCAUACAUAUUAAUGACCUGAUAGUCAUCAUCCUAAUUGCUUAUUAUUGCCAUUCUCUGCCUUAGAGUCCUUUACAAAACUCUUGGGUGAAAUGAUUUGUUGUAAUUAGGGGGUCUUCUCUGGUCAUUACACUGCUAUUUAUUUCUAGAACUCACUGUCAGUGAGCAGUGCGAGGAUUGUUCUCUGUAACCUAGAGGUUCGAUUUCACGACAAGGAGGGAGUCUCCCCAUUGCAUUACAGCAAUGUGCUGAGUAAAAACUUGGCCGAGAGUAGUUUUCAGCUCAAUUUAUAGACAAGUCCAAAGAGACUGAGAAACACGAUGAUGGGCAGAGAUCUUUCCUACCAUGUUUCAAUACCUACAUACCUAUUGAAAGAAAACAAUAGGUAAAAACAUUUCCUAAAGUUGAAGAGCCGCAUAGAUUAUUGGUUACUUUAUUUUUAUUAAUGCUUUACAUUUGAUACAACUAUUAAAGAUCAAUUUUAAAAAUAGCUUUCCAAUAAUAUAUUUUAAGUAAUAUAUAUUUUAAUAUCUAUGUAAAAAAUAACAGUGGAAGACUGAAUUUCUCAUAUAUGGGAUGUGUAAUGUAGGACCUCACUGUUAAGGCACAAUUUCAAAGGAAGUUAUUCUAAA